CUUUCCGCCCCGUGAUCAUUGUUCAAAUGGGCCUUAGUGUGGCCUCUGAUCAAGGAGGGCUGACGAGUUCAUCUUGUAUGACAAACGUUGCUGCAACCCAGCCUCAGUAGACUGAAGACGUCACGUCACACCUUAUCCUGUCGAAAACACCCCAACAUCUCGUUCAUAACAGAAUCCAGCGAGACGGAUAGCCUACUAUUCUGCAGGUAGAUCGCGACUGGACCCCCCAGUGCUCUGUUUCCCGACUACAGACGAAAGCUGGUUAAGCUGCAGGACUGCCAAAAAAGGACCCUCCUGACUGCUCUUUUCCGGACCCCUUGCCAAGUCCCCUUUCACCGGCAUCGUGCAGCUGCAUGGGUCGAGCCCGACCCCGAACCUACGGUCAACGGAGCCCAUCCGCCGGCCGAAAGCCUCUGGCUCUCCCGUCUCUCAUUUGAGUUGCCCUUAGACAGCCACAUACCAAAAUCGAGAAUGGAUCCCACUCUCCUUGCAGAUACGGCGUCGGCGUCGAAUUCCUUGUCUCCGACAGGGGCUCCUCCCAGCCAAGCGGGAUCUCUAGAAAGCGAAAAUGGUAGAUCCUCCAUGGUCCACCGUCCUCGCCACACGCGCACCAGCACACCUAAAGUGAGGACAGGUUGUGUCACCUGUGAAAAACGGCACAUUAAGUGUGACGAGGGCAAGCCUCAUUGCAUGAAUUGCCUCAAGACCCGCGGUGUCUGUGAUGGUUAUGCCAUCAAACCAAGAAAGACAAGAAGCAAGGCUCCGAGGGACCUGGAACCAUUGAACCCCGAACCAUCAUGUCGCCGGACGAGUCCCCGUUUGCGCAUCCGGGAACCCAAUGUGAACACCGUCGAUUUUGCCGAUGAUAUGCAAAGCGUUUACUUCAACGACUGGAAUGAAUUAGUUCGCGUCUCACUCGGCGGCGCUCACUUCUCUAGGACCAACCUCUGGACAACCACCAUGCCUCAGCUCACCCGCCGAAACUCGGCUCUGCGACAAGCUGCUAUGAGCAUCGGGGCCAUCAGCAGGGCACUGUCUUCGCAAGGCUCCUCUUAUGUCGUGGCAAGGAAUUUUGGUAACAUCGCCAACCUACUGCAGAGCCCGCAUUAUCAGAACGCUAUUGUCUACUACUGCCAGGCACUUCGUCUACAAGGACAGGCCGACUUCCAGACUGCCAGCAUUCAAGAGGCGGUACUUUUGUCUAUACUCUUUGUCGCAUUUGAAGCAUUGCGGGGGAACCGACACUCUGCUCUUCAGCAUGUCAAGUUUGGUUUCGUGUUGUUGCAAGAGUUGCUCACCAGCGAGGACUCGGAUCAUCGCAUCUGGAACCUCGCGCCCGACCCUAGGCAACUCAUUACCGAAAUUCUGGAUCUGUAUAACCAUCUCGACGUACAAAGUCGCACAGUUCUCAGUGGCCAUGUAAACUCAAGCCGGUCACCGGCCUACGAACUCAUCAAAGGCCUCAAGGCCAGAGGACAUACCAUUGAGACGUACAACAUGCAGAUACAACGCUAUACUGACCCAGGGGAAGGAAGAAAAGCAAUGCCGGAGGUGUUCAGCAAUGCUGAAGACGCAUACUGUUGGUGGCAGAUCUGCCAGCGACGAAUCGCUAAGCUUGGUCCUCUCCUACUGACUGUCAUCGACGAUCUCAAAGUCGAAGAGAUCAAUGAUGAGGCCGGCAUCGACCAACUACUCGAGAUGAUGCAGAACCAGCCAGAACUGCUAGCGUACUGCGAAAAGUCGGUCGCAAACCUCCAGCAGUGGCGACACGCUUUCGAGCCGCUCUACAACAAGACUUUGUCCGACACGAAUGUCCCACGCAAAGAGUAUCUCAAGAUCCUGCAUCUUCGUAUGCACUACCUCGUCAUGUUUCUAUACAGCUUCUUUCCCAAGUACGCCGACGAAGCCACCAUCGCUUCUAUGACACCGUACUGUCGAGAGAUCAACGACGUCAUUGAGAUCCUGCUUCGUGAGCAGCAGAAAGACUUCAAGACUCCCGCACACGUCUUCUCAAUGGAGUUCGGCCUGGCGUGGCAGCUCACUGUCGUUGCUAUGACAUGUCGGGAUCCCUUGGUUAGGGAUAACUCGACGCGCAUCCUCGAAAUGUACCCGCGGAAAGAAGGGCUCUGGGACAGCAAGGCUUUCUUGGCCGUGCUGCAAAAAAACCGCGAGUUAGAGGCAGAGAAUGCUAGGGAGGGAACACUGGCAGAGCAGUGGAGGCGGCUGUGUAGAAGGGAAUUCAUCUUUGAAGAUGCUGGAGAGACCAUCAUUUUUCGCUCCUUAAAGAAAAACGAAGAAACUGGCGAGUGGGACCUAGUCGAAGAGACCGCCAGUUUAGAAUGGAAAGUAAGGCCGGUAAGCAGCCAGGGUUUUAUUAUGACUAGUAUAAGUUAGUUUCAAAUCUUUAACAUAUACUAACAUUAAUACCUUACUUACUAUAUUAUAAUUACUAUAUUUUAAUAUUGAAAUUUAAAUAUGAAAUAUUUUUCCAAGAUUUUAAAUUAUUUUUAUCUAUUUUUAAGAUGAUUUGUGUAAUAGGGU